UCCGCUAUAAAUAAUUCACAUUUCGCAUUUCAAACGAGUGGGAAUUUUUCAUAUCUAAAUCUGAAUAGAAAUUUUACCUAAAAUAAAUAAAGGAUAAAAAAGACAUAAACCCAAAAAAUUGAGAAAUCAGAAGAAAUGGCGAUGAAAAGCUCUGAUCUAAGAAGUAGAAUCGAGACGGAGAGUGAAUUGAUUCGGAUGUGCAUGGAGGCGGCGACGGAGAGCGGAGACGCCGUGGAGGCGUGGCGGAGACAGCGUCGAACUUUGGAGCGGAUGCCUUCUCUCCUCGCCGGAGCUCUUCUCCACCGCCUCCUACGUCGCCGUCUUCUUUUUCCUUCUUUGCUCGAAGUCUUCAAACAUAACGUGGAGGAAAUUGACCUGAGGGGGGAGAAUUGUGUGGAUGCAGAAUGGAUGGCAUACUUGGGUGCCUUCAACUACUUGCAUUCAUUGAAUCUGUCAGAUUGUUAUAAAGUUAAUAGUGCUGCUCUGUGGUCUAUUACAGGCAUGCCAAAUCUAAAGGAGCUUGACCUUUCAAGAUGUUCUAAGAUUACUGAUGCUGGCAUUAGGCAUCUUUCGUCCAUUCCAAGUUUGGAGAGGUUGUGCAUCUCAGAAACAGGCGUAACCGCAGAAGGAAUUAUGUUUCUCUUCUCAUUAACUAAUCUACGUGUUUUGGAUUUGGGAGGCUUGCCGGUCACUGACAUGGCUUUAAGUUCUCUACAGGAACUUAAGAAACUAAACUUUUUGGAUCUCUGGGGAAGCGAAAUAUCAAAUAGAGGUGCUGCUCUUCUCCAAGUGUUUCCCAAGUUAAGUUCUCUAAAUCUAGCUUGGACCAAAGUCACGAAGUUGCCAAUUCUGCCCUCUCUUGCACACCUAGACAUAAGCAAUUGCACUAUUACUUAUUUAUUCAAAGGAGAAGGUGAUAAAGCUCGUCUAGCAAAGCUCGUUGCAUCUGGUGCCACAUUUGCUGAUGUCUGUGGAGCACUUUCAAAUGUGGAAACCAGUCUCGUUUCUCAUUUGGAUCUAUCAAACGCUCAUAUCGACUCAUUCUACUUUUUGCCUCAUCUGAGUUCAAUAACAUAUUUGGACCUUAGUGGUAGUUCGAUGGCAGAUGAUUCAGUUGCAAAUAUUGCAUGCAUAGGUGCAAAAUUAAGAUAUUUGAACCUCAACAAUACAAAAGUGAGCUCUGCUGGAGUGGGAAUCUUAGCUGGGCAUGUUUCAAAUCUUGAAACUCUGCUCCUGUCUUUCACAUUUGUUGAUGACUCUGCCCUCCCUUACAUUGGCAUGAUGCCUUCACUAAAAGCUAUCAACCUCAGCAGUACAAGAAUUAAAGGCUUGAUCAACCAUGAAGGUUCUGAUUCUGCUGUGGUCCCAUCAUUUUUAGCACUUAAGGAUCUUACCAACUUGGAAAGGUUAGAGUUGGGGGGUCCACAAAUCAAGGAUGCGGCACUCUUCUCUCUGUCAAGCUUCCAUAGCUUGAAGCAUUUAUCGCUGCAAAGUGGCAUCCUAACAGAUGAAUCAUUACUCCAUUUCUCUGCAAUGCAGAAUUUGGAACAUCUUGGUGUUCGUGAUGCUGUGCUAACUAGUGCUGGGCUUGAUUCUUUUAGUCCUCCCCCGGCGCUAAGAGUGCUGGAUCUCAGGGGUUGCUGGCUUUUAACUGAGGAUGCAAUCUUUCUAUUUGCUCGAAAGCACUCAAAACUUGAGGUGAGGCAUGAACAUGUUAGCAUGUCUUUAUCUGACACAGGUGGAAGUAGCUGCCUAUAUCCAUCAGAGGCAAGUUCAAAAACCUCUCAAUCGAAACAGCGGCAGAAAAUAUCCUUGUUACCGUCCAGAUUUGACAAUAGUGCUUUGAAGAGUUAUCCAUCCAAACAGCGGCAGAAAAUGAUACAUGAUAGGAGUCGUCUUUUAGUUUGUUCAGAAACAGAUCAAAGGUUGAAGUACACGAGAGAGGAGUUACUGGCGUUGCAGUUUUCAUCAACUCUGUUUUAGGGAAGAUAAUCUGAUGACUGGUAUUUUAUGUAAUUACAGCUAUACAUUCAUGGAUUAAUCUCAUUUAAUGAAAGAGUAAUUAAAUAAGUAGGUGUGAUUUCUGUUUUGUUA